AUGCCGAGGAAACUCGUCAAUGCCGUCCUCUUCACGGUCCUGGGCGUCAUAGUCGCGCUCUUCGUCUGCUACUCCGUCCGCUGCUACCGGCGCCGCCGCCGCCGCGGCCGCGCGGUGCUGCCCUCGCACGGGGCCAGGGCCGACCGCCUCCAGGCGGGCGGGUCCAGCGCCUACGGCACCGGCGUCGGGGAGGAGCUGCUCACGUUCCCCGGCGGCGAGGGGCUCACCGUGGCCGCCAUCCUGGAGGCGCCCGGCGAGGUGGUCGCCAAGUCGGCGCACAGCACGCUGUACCGCGCCGGGCUCAGCUCCGGCGAGGCCGUGGCCCUGCUCCGGUUCCUCCGGCCCGUCUGCUCCGCGGGCGCCGAGGAGGCCGCGGCCGCCGCGCGGCUGCUCGGCGCCGUGCAGCACCCGAAUCUCGUGCCGAUCCGCGCGCUCUACGUCGGCCCGCGUGGGGAGAAGCUGCUCGUGCACCCCUUCUACGCCGCCGGCUCGCUCCGCCGCUUCUUGCAAGAGGGAAUCAAUGAUUCACAACGAUGGGAGAUAAUCUGCAAGCUAUCCAUCGGCAUCGUCAAGGGGCUGGACCACCUUCACACAAGAUCGCAGAAGCCGAUCAUCCAUGGCAACCUCAAGACAAGCAACAUCAUGCUCGACGCCGAUUUCCAGCCCAGGGUAUCAGACUUCGGGCUCUACCUCCUGCUGAACCCCGCGGCCGCACAGGACAUGCUCGAGACCGCCGCGGUGCAAGGCUACAAGGCCCCUGAGCUGAUCAAGAUGAGGGAGGUGACGAGGGAGAGCGACGUCUACAGCCUGGGGGUGAUCCUGCUGGAAAUGCUCGCUCAGAAGGAGGUGGAUGGCUCGCCGAAUGCCCGCGACAUCCACUUGCCAGCCUCUUUCAAAGAUCUGGUCCUCGAGAGGAAGAUCGCGGACGCGUUCGGUUCCGGGCUGAUCCAGCAGAGCAAGAACUCCGGGAAUGAGGCGAAGCUCAACGCGUUCUUCGAGCUCGCGACGGCUUGCUGCAACCCUUCGCCGUCCUUGAGACCGGAUUCGAAACGGAUCCUGAAGAGGCUGGAGGAGAUAUCAAGGUGA